UCACAGAACAGAGAGGGAGAGAGAGAGAGAGAGAGAGUUGAAAAGGGGAGGCUUUAAGAGCUGAGAUGACAGUUGCAACAUGGGAACCUAGUUAAUCUCAAAAAAGGGUUCAGAGAGAAAAAAGAGAGCUUGCUAGAGCUCAGUUAAUAUCAGAAAAAGGUUGUGUUCUUGUGCCAUUGGUGGGUUUUCUGAGCUUCCCUCUUGUUGUUCAUGGAGUUGAAGAGACUGCACAGACUAAGGUUUACGAUCAGCAAGCCCUGUCUUUUCUUCUUACUCUCAAUUUCUGCCCUAUUCACCACCAUCAGCUCAAAUACAUGUCCAGAUAGCAGGUGUGCCUCGAAAGCUAAAGCUGGUACAUAUUUUCAGGAAUUUGGGAAGCAAAGUGGCAAUUAUAUGGAGGGGAGGAUCAAUAUGAGGGAGCAGAGGCUGAACAUUCCUUUGAGCAUGGCAAGGAGGUACUUGAGUGGACCUGGAUCGUCGCCGCCUCGGUGCACAUCCAAGUGUGGCAGGUGCACCCCGUGCAAGCCGGUUCACGUGCCGGUGCCGCCUGGGACGCCGGUGACGACAGAGUAUUACCCGGAGGCUUGGAGGUGCAAAUGUGGCAACAGGCUGUACAUGCCAUGAAAAUAUAUGAAUAAUGAUCAUAUCAUGAUUCAUGCUUUAUGAUAUUAUUUUGUUUGUGUUACAACUAAUGUCUCUACUUUCUAGCUGAUCAUGCUUAUUGUUAAUAAAAAAAAGGAAUAUUUAUAGGACUUCAAUUUGUGUAGAAAAAUAUAUAUACGUUAACAAUUUGACCGAGUAUAUUGUAUUAUGAUCGGUAUGGAAAAUAUUGUGCCAAGCAUUAUUGUGGUUACAUGAUGCUUGAGAAGGAAAUGGUUGUUGCUUC